AUGUUAAUGCCUGAUGGGAAAACUUUAUUUGAACAUAAAUUAAUUGCUUAUAGAAAAUUAUUAAAUUCUUUUUCAAAUUUUGGCGGUUUUUUGUUUAUUACUUCAGCAGAUGUUUUGGAAUAUUUCCCAAAUGAUUUUUGUAUUUCAAAUAUUCCAAAAGAAAUUUCUUUAUUUUUGAUAGCACAUCAAUCAAAUUUAGAUGUUGCUACACAACACGGAGUUUAUGUUUUGAAAGAAAAAGAAGUUUAUAUUGUUUUACAAAAACCAAGUAUUGAACAAUUAAAGAAAGUUUGUGGAGCUAUUUUGGAACCAAAUGAAUUUAGUCCUUUUGAGACGGUAUUAACUGACAGUUGCUAUAUUAUUGGCCCGGAAUUAGUUGAAAAUUUGAUUAAAAAUAGAAAAGAGAAUGGUAAAUUUUUAAAUAAAAGUUUGCGUAAUGAAGAAAAGAAUAUUUUUAAUAAAAUAAAUCCACAAAUUAUCUCUUUGGGAAUUAAUUCAUUCUUUCAUUUUGGAACUGUUGGAGAAUUACUUGAACAUUUUUUUGAUGAGAAUAGUGCUUUUAGAAAGAAAUUUUUGCCCAAUAUUGGGGAAAUUGGAAAUUUGGCUAAUUGCAUAAUAGAAAAACCAGAAAAUAUUUCUCAAAAAAGUUUUCUUGAAUGGUGUAGAAUAAAUACAAAUUGUACUAUAGAAGAUAAUUGUAUUUUAAGUGGUGUUGUUUAUGAAGAACAAACUCCAAUUUAUAUAAAGUCUGGUAUGUGUAUUUGUACAUUUCCAAUUGGUGAAGAAGAAGAGGAAGGAAAAGGAGAAUCAAAUUAUGUUACGGUUAUUUUUCAUAUAGAGGAUGAUUUAAAAAGAAAAACAUCAAAAGAAGAAAAUCUUAAAUGGUUUGGACAUUCUAUUAAAUCGUUAAAAGAAGAGGAGGAUUCUCUUUGGAAUUGCCCACUUUUCUCUUUUUAUCCAACAGCUUCUAAAUCUUUUUUAAAAACAAUUGAAAGAAUAAAUUUUGGAUUAAAGUUAGAAUUUAUUUUUAAUUAA